CUUGAGUGCCGCUCCGCCGAUGGAGUUCUAGAACUCAAAGAAACGACUGUCAGCCCAUAUAUCAGUCGUGGACCACUGGUCCGCCGUCACGAGGCAGCUCUGAAGUGUUGAUUGGGAGGCAGUGUCACGUGAGGUGACCUACGGUGUCCCUCCGAUGGAGUUUCAGACGCCUCAAGGGACGCCGCAGAGGCCGCCCCGAGGUGGUGGCUUGACCCUCCAGGUGAGCAUCCCAUGCAUGCCGCGCACGCACGCGAUGUGUACCAUCUGUGCCUCAUGCAGGGAUGAUCCAGAUUCUGUCCCAGGCUCCCAGCUGCCGUCCCCCCCCGCCACCCGGUGCUCGAGAUUACCCGAACCCUGGGCCAGAACUCAACCUCACACACGGUGGGCGAGGCGCAUGCACACAACCUCCAUGCACACAUACAUACCAGCCUGUCUGUGUCUGUGUGUGUGUUUGGUGCGAUGCGGUUCGGUGUUGCCUGGUGUGCGCAUUCACUGAACUCAGACUCGAUAGAAUCCCUCAAGCCUUAAGGCCAUCUGCCGUGCGUCGCUGCAAGACCAUGUGAUUCGUGACGCCCAUAUCGUGUUGCUCGACGGGUACAGGAGGGAGUAUUCGCUGUGGUUCCAGGAGCAGCGCCUCAAGGAGGGCGGCUCACUCAAGGAGGGCGGCUGGUACGACCUGUCAUGUGGCUUCAAGGCCACCAACAUGGUCCUGGGGCGCAUGGCGGUGCCCAACCCGGGCUUCCACGUCGAGGGCAGGGGGCAUGACCCGGCGGACCACAUGCGGGGGCCGGUGGCCGUGGGCGACUGCUCCGACUACCUGAAUAGGGAGACCGACUUCCACGUCAUCCGCCUGGAUGAGGUAUGUCUGUGAGCAGGGCAGGCAGGCGGGCAGGCAGACAGGUGUUUGAAUGAACCCACCCACCAUGUGCCUUGUGUUGUGCUGUGCUGUGCUGUGCUGUGUGUCAGGUACACGGUGACACGCUGGAGCAGCGCCUCGUUCACCUCUCGCGCCUCCCGUCCUCGCAGUUUGACGACCUCAUCCUCAGCGUGGAGGCCGACCUAAACAAGACGGGACGGCCCCUCGACAAAACGACGCACAUCAUCUCGACGAAGCACCUGGGGGAGGGGCUCUUCGUCAAUAUGGACUCAAUAGUGUCCGAGGCCGAGGAGACGCGACUGACGCUGACGGAGGGCAUCACACAUCGCAUCCGCAGCGAGGAGGACGGCCGCAGGCUGAAGAUGCACGGCUACCACAACUUCGGAUACACACAUACAUGGCUCCUCUCUUUUGUGGGUGCGUGCGAGCGUUUCAUUCAUUCAGGUGUUGCCGAUGAGGAGUUGGCCGGUGGCGCAUAUACACAUCGGUGAAGAAGCUGCGAAUGCUGUUCUCACCUCCCCCACAUAUCAAGGACAAGGGUGAGGAGGGCGACGGUGAGGCCCCCAGCCAGCCAUGCCCGCCAGCCAAGAAGGUCCCCAAGGCCCCCACCACCCACAAGAAGACCACCAAGGCCACCAAAGCCACCAAGCCCAACCACACAGCCCGACCGGUCGGUCCUCAUACACCUGGUUGUCGAUGACUGGUUGGUUGGUUACUCAUUCAGGUCGCGUCUCAGGGCCAAGAGGAAGAACAAGAGGAAGGCCGCCGAGGGAGUCGAAGGAGAGCGCCAGGAGCCCACCCCGCCGGCCAAGCGGUCACGCCUGCUGCAGGAGCUGGCCGACACAGAGAGCUGGCAGGUCAAGAAGGGGCGCAUCGACUUUGAUGGCGGAUACCCACUCCGCCGCACCAGAGUGCGCGUCGCACGCCGACGCAACUGACACACAUCCCCCACACAAGUGCUGCGGGUGCCUGCGGGGCCAGGAGGAGAACUGACGAGAUAGACAGACAAGAGAGAGAGAGCAGGGGGCGAGCUAGAGUAGCGGCACGCUGCUCACCAUAGCGUUGCUGAUGUGCUGUGUUUUCUUUCGUCUGGCCUCUGUUUGCUGAACAGCGGAUCGUCUCUACCAACCGCAGCCACUUUCACGGCACCACCCACCGGUGUCUAUCACACCGACCUGACUGCCCCAGCGGUGGAUGGAUGGAUGCUGUGGGCCCCUCUGCAUGCAGCAUCUAUACAUCAAUCGCUGUCUACGUUUUAUAUCCUGAUGUUCCUGUGCCACCCUUGCGCAUGUUAAGGCUGUGGAGGGAAAUUGACACGCCUUUCUGUACGCCUCCACUCCAGCUGGGUCAUCCUACUUACUGCUUGCACGCCUGUCUGUGCGUUGCGUGGGUGGCAGCUUGGUUGUUGAACUGGGACAGAUUCAAU